ACUACCCGAUCUGACCAAUCUCAACCCAAAAUGAUGCAAAUCAAGUUGUUGUUCACCUUCUUCGCUGUCCUGAUGCUGGUGGUCCUGGGAUCCCACCAAGCGGAUGCCGACUGUCUUUCCGGAAGAUAUAGGGGUCCCUGUGCCGUCUGGGACAAUGAGACCUGCCGUCGAGUCUGCAGGGAGGAAGGAGGAGGACGAGUCUCCGGACACUGCAGCUCCAGGCUGCAGUGCUGGUGUGAAGGAUGCUGAAACAGGACUUACAUACUAAUCCUGCGAUGUUGGACAAUCAAUGAGAACCCUGCUUCUGUAUAAAAUGAUAAAUAAAUACAAUAAAUAAAUGCAUAUACCUUUAUUGA